GAUCCUUAUCAGCACCCAAGUGUUGCAAAGGUAAUUCUUCUUCGCUAAAACAGGAAUAUAGGGUAAACCUGUAAAAACAAAGUGGACAUUUUUAUCUGGGAGCCCGUUAAAACAACAGAAACAAAAGGAUCCACCUACACGGCCCGCAGAGCCGCCUUGUUUACUGCCUCAUGCGCUAUAUAAGAAGAAUGGAGAGACAUCGAGGCCCUCGCGCGCGGCAACGGAUAAAACUCCAUCGUCGCCCCGCAGCAGAGGAGCGAUCAUCCAUCAAUGGCCGCUGCCCUCAUCGCUGAGCCGUCUCUUCUCUCCUUCAUCCUACCUUCUCCCGGUCCUCGCCGAUCCAUUUCCCCGCCUGAGAGGAAGCUGCGGGUCCACCGCAAGCCCUCGCUGCUUCCCGUCGCAUCUCCCUCCCUCUCUCCCCCUUGCCCCUGCGCCGCAGGAACCCUAGACCUGGAGCCCGAUGAAGAAAGCCCUAGCCGUAGCUUGAGUUCCAGACAAGAUGGUAAAGAGGGUGGAAGAGACCGCCGGAGGGCUGUCAGGAUCGCGUGGGAGAAGCUGGUCCGGUGGUCCCGGUCGUGGCGGUCGAAAGCCAAGAGCGACGUCCUCGAGGGGACCAAGAAGGUUGUGGUUCUUGGUGGGGGAUCUUUUGGGACAGCAAUGGCAGCACAUGUUGCGAGCAGGAAGGCUGAAAUGGAAGUCGCAAUGCUUCUUAGGGAUGGUGAUGUUUGUCGAGCUAUCAAUGAGACACACUUUAAUUGCAAGUAUUUUCCAGAACAUAAAUUGCCAGAAAAUAUUGUUGCAACGACCAGUGCCAAGGAUGCUUUAUUAGGAGCUGAUUAUUGCUUUCAUGCUGUUCCUGUGCAGUUCAGUUCAUCCUUUCUUCGAGGCAUUUCACAACAUGUUGACCCGAACUUGCCAUUUAUAUCUCUUAGCAAAGGGUUGGAACUAAAUACUUUAAGGACAAUGUCUCAAAUCAUUCCGCGUGCACUAGGAAAUCCUCGUCAACCUUUUAUAGUGCUAUCGGGGCCUUCCUUUGCAGUAGAGUUGAUGAGGAAAAUGCCAACAGCAAUGGUGGUUGCAUCAAAAGACAAAAAGUUAGCAAGUGCAGCUCAACAGUUAUUAGCCUCUCCAAAUCUUAGGAUUAGCUCCUCAAGCGAUAUUACAGGAGUGGAAAUUGCAGGUGCACUGAAAAAUGUACUUGCCAUAGCAGCAGGCAUUGUAGAGGGAAUGAAUCUUGGAAAUAAUUGUAUGUCAGCUCUUGUGGCACAGGGUUGUUCUGAGAUCCGAUGGUUGGCAACAAAGAUGGGAGCAAAGCCAACAACACUUACUGGAUUAUCAGGGACUGGUGACAUUAUGCUUACAUGUUUUGUCAAUCUUUCGAGAAAUCGAACAGUUGGGUUACGUCUUGGAUCAGGAGAGAAGCUUGAUGACAUAUUGAGUACAAUGAAUCAGGUUGCUGAAGGUGUAUCUACAGCAGGGGCUGUUAUUGCAUUGGCCCAGAAGUACAAUGUAAAGAUGCCAGUUUUAACUGCAGUUGCUCGCAUCAUUGACAAUGAGUUGACUCCAAAGAAGGCUGUUCUUGAGUUGAUGAGCUUGCCACAGGUUACAACUGAGACGUUGAAGAAGUUUGAGAAGCUUGUGAAGUUGAAUUCACAGAGAGCUUAAAGAACUGAUAAGAUACCCUUGUUGAUGGUAAAACUGGACAUCUGCAGUUUGUCAUGCUCUGUUGGAGAUAGAAGCCAUCCUUGACCAUGUCCAAUUAAAUCUUUGAUGUACAUCUUAUCAUGUUCCAAGAGGGGCAUUAAUACUAUUAGGAAUGCGGGACUCUCUACCUGAAGACAUUUUUUGUGGGAGAGAUUAUUUCAUUUUGGAAUCUUUUGCACCUUAAUUUCAGAAAAUUGACUGCUUAUAACU